AUGAAAUAAUAAAUUGCUCCAAAACCAAAAAUUACUACUCAAUUACCAAUAUUGCCGGAAAUAAAGAGAUCAUCCAAAGAUUCAUCGGGGACUCCUCUGAAAUUUAUGAAACCAGGUGUUUAGAAUCCUUUAUCAUAAUCUCGUCUCUCAAGACAAUCAAGCAGCAUUGAAACUACAAUCUCGUAAGAAUCACAAAGGAAGCAGUCUCAAACUAAGAAGCCUAAUGUUGAAACUUUGGUGAAGAAUAAGACCUACUUUAAUCAUCGCUCUUUAAUGAAUGAUUAUUUGAAAAGAUAAAACAUCUCGAUUGCAACUAAAGUGUUUUGUUUUAAUUCCCAAGAUGAGUAUGUUCGAAGAUGCUUAUAAAAACAUGGUUGGCUAGAAACACCUAGCAGCUAAUAAAUUUUUGAUCUCAAAUGGGUUUACACAGAAAAUCCUGAUGAUUUUAAAACACUAUUGGAUGGAUAAUUUUACAAUCAUUUUAGUAACACAAAAGAACUAACUACUAAAUCCUGUCUAUUAGCAAACUUCAAAAACCAAUGCGAAUAUGGAUACGAUACAAGUACAUUCUUUCCAAGAGCCUUCGAUUUAGGAAAUGCAACAGAUAGAGAGGAUUUCCUUAAAGAAUAUGAAAGAACUGCAGUUACCAUAAUAUUAAAAAAGGCGAUUGCUGCAUUGAGAAUGAAGAGGAAAAAUGAAAUGAAGAAGUUAAAGCAAGUAAUAUUUCAGGAAUGGAAGAAGAGAGAAGAGAACUCAAAGAUCAGGAGAAUUGAUGUGAAAAGAACUGUAAAGAGGAAAUACAAAAACAUCUAUACGGCAUAGGAAUUGGAAGAUUAAUCAUAAUAAUCAGAUGUUAAGUUUGAUGGUUCCAUUAUGUCUGAAGUACUAUCUAAACUAUCUGACAUGAAAAGGUAAUUGAAGGAUGGUUUCUAUGAUGAUAAGAAUUUCGAAUUGAGUUAGCAAUACAUAUCAAAAACUAGAUUAAAUUUGAUUGCAUAUUCUCAGUUGUAGAAGUUUGAGAGAGGUUCGAAUCCAAGCCAAUUUUUGAUCAGAAAGUUGUAUAGAUAUCAUUUGUUUUUGAAAAAAUAUGAUCCAGCCUACAAAGUUGAUGGUAUCCAUAACAUUUGGAUCAUUAAACCAGGAGGGUGUGCAAGAGGUUAAGGAAUCUAUUUAGAGAAGGAUAUCACUGAAGCAAUCAACAGUGGUUAAUAGAUGUAAGCUAGAUUGGUGUAAAAGUACAUAGAAAGACCGUUGUUAUAUAAGGGGUUUAAGUUUGAUUUGAGACAGUGGGUUCUAGUAAAGAGUUUCUAACCAUUGCAAGCAUUUGUUUUCAGUCAUUGCUAUAUGAGGAUGUGUAGUCAGCCGUAUGAUGUGAAGGACACCAAGAAUUUAUUAAAGCAUUUGACAAAUUUCUCUUUAAACAAAUCAGAAUUUAAGAAUCAAAAUGAUUCAAUUUACAGCAGUGAUUUUAUGCAACAAUGGCUUCCUGUUGAUUGGUAAAAGGUAGUUAGACCAUAAUGCAAUCAGUUAAUGAUCAAAACACUCAAGAUAUUGCAGGAUCAAUUUGAAGGAGAAUCAAAAUAUUGUUUCGAAUUAUUUGGUUUUGAUAUUAUGUUAGAUGAAUAUUGUAAACCAUGGUUAUUGGAAGUCAAUCUAUCACCAGCAUGUGCAGAAAGAGCUGAUUGGUUACAUGAGAUGUUGGAUUCUAUGGCUGAGAGUAUGUUUAAUAUAGUAUUUGGGGAUGAAUUCAGUAAACCUAAGAAAUAUUAUUAUGAGUUGUUAAUUGAUGAAGAUUAAACUUACAAUAAUUAAUAAUAGAAUGAUGGUCAAUUUGAAAUAUGGGGAUAGAAGUGCAAUAUUAAGAGAGAAAAGAUGAUUGAUAAGAGAUAUAUAGAGUCAUUAGCAGCUUUGAUGAUUUAAAAGUUUUAUAGAAUGUACAAGGCUAAAAAGAUAAAAUGGUUCUUAAGAGAUACAAAAUAUGCAAUUGUCAUCUAAAAGUAUGUGAGGAGAAUGCUUGCUAAGUUGUUAAGGAUAAGAUUGAAAAACUAUUAUUCAGCCAGGAAGAUAUAAACACUUAUCAGAGGAUUUCUAGCUAAGAAGAGGAAGUAUCAUUUGAAAAGGGCAAAAAUGGCAACUAAAAUACAGUGUCGAUUUCGAUGCAAUUAGGCCAUUCAGAUUAAGAAUGAAUUAAAGAAAGAAUUAGCACUUUUGUAUUUAGAUUAAUUGAUCUCAUUUAAAAUAUCAACUAAAGUGGCUAAGGAUUUAAAAUUAAAGCUAUUUAAAUAUAAAAAGAUAUAAAGAUGGUGGAAAACAUAAUAUAAAAAAAGGGUAAAUAGAAGUGCCAAAAUUAAUUCAUUAGUUAAAUGUUUUAUUUAAAAAAGGAAAUACAAGAAAUUACUUAAAAAUCAUAGAGCUGCUAUAGUAAUUUAAAAGAAUUACAAACGAUUUAAAGCGAUUAAAUUGAGAAAGAGAUUGGAAAAAGAAUAAUCAACUCUUUUGUUAUAAUGUUUAAUGAGAAUUAAAUUGGCAAAUAGGUAAAGGAGAUUGGAUAUCAUUCAAAAUGGAUUAAAUAAAUUAACUAAGGCAUAUGGCAGACAUAAAUCUAGAGUAGCGAUGGUCAAUAUCUGGAAUAUUGGAUUGUUAAGGGUUAAGGCUAUUAUGAAAAUAUAAGCAUAUAGACUUGUGAUCAAAUCAAAAAGGUAUGUUCGUAGACUCAAACGAUUAAAGAAGUUUAUUAGAUUAUAGGCAUUUAUAAAAGGGUUCUUGUAAAGAUAGAGAUAUCGAAGAUUAAUCAAAAGAAAAAGAGCAAUCAAGUUGAUCAUUAAAUAUUAAGAAAAGAAUCCAAUAGAAAAAGGGGAGAGGGCUUAAUCUCUACUCCUAAUAGCCUAGUAAAGCAAAUACAAUUCAAACUAUAACCACUAGAAACUUCAUUAAACUAUAUAAUAAAUAAUUUCCAAAGCAAAAAAUGCAAAUGCUAAGAGAUAGACAAUCCAAAUUCCUAAAAAGAAAUGA